AUGAGUACUUCGCCCUCUCUGCUCACUACUGAGAAGGGAGAAACAACUGAAGUAUCAUCGGACGAGAUGGACGACGAAACAAGAGAUCGACUGCUUGAUGAACAACUCACAGCAGCUGGCGCGGGCCCUAUGGCAUCGAGCUCAGGAUCCCAAGCACUUGAUAGGAUCUUCGGUCCAGUGGGUCCUACCCUAUCUCCAUUUGUCUCAAAUCCAACGGUCGACAUCUCAAACGUGCAGUAUACCUUGUACAAUGUUGUGAACCAGGGUGAAACAGCCGAACAACAAAGAAUGGCAAUAGAGCGAACGGAGGCAGAUGCUGAAAGAAGACACGCAAGCAUUCUGAACCAACAAUCGCAUGAUAAUCUUGUGAGAAUGGCUGGCAUGGCUGAACAGGCCGAGCGCCUUCAUGAGGUGAAGAUGGCAGAAUGCGAAGCACAGUUUGCGGAAUUUGAGUUCAACGCAUCCCAAAGGGAAAAGUUUUUGUUGAACGAAGUUGCAACAUGCAGGAAUGAAAUGAACAUUCUGGAAUCAAUUUUCCAACAACGACAUCAGUCGGAAAUCGCUAAGCUCAGAACCACUCUGAUUGCUGAAAGCGAACGCAACAAAGCACAACACCUUGACUUUCUUGGAAUCCGAUUCAAACAAGUCCUUGAAGAAACCGAAGCGAGUAUGGAACGGCGUUUCAUUACUGAAAUCGCCGAAAUGAGUGCACAAAACGACAGACUGCAGGAUGAACUGGCUGCCGCAGAACGAGCCUUAAGAAUGGAAGCCAAUGCGGACGAAGCGGGCAAACAACAUGCCACGCCGAAGCCAGGACCUAAUCCUACUAUCCCGUUCUCCAAUCCAUUUGAGAUUCCCGAGAACAUGAAGGACAUCUUCGGAAGAACGCCGCAAGCUCAGGAACCUCCGCAAGGAACUUCUGUACCACCUGGGUUUGAGAACAGAGAGCCACAAAAGGAAAAGUCUCCUAAAGCUGCCCAAACUGGUAAGCCGGCGACUGUUGAUCCAGACGGGCAGGCCGCCCCUGCGAAGAACGAUGAAAAGCCUAGGAGCCCGACCCCGGAUCCUAAAGCAAAGAAGGAAAAGAAACACAGGGGCAGGUCCAAGAGCAAGGAAAAGUCUGGCGGACGCACGGCAGCUUGUUGCAUUUCGUAUGCGCUGGCAGCUGUGCCCAAUGGGCAAGGCGUUAAGGGUGAUGCUUCAGGAACGUUCAAGAAACUAAGGUUCAAGGAGAAGCCAAGCAUUCGGGAGAUUCCAUUGGAUGGUAAGGGUAAGAAGCAUAGGACCAAGCCGCGAACUUUCGAAGUUUGUUACUUGGAUGCUGAAAGUUGCCCAAAGCCUCCAGUUCAGGACCUAAGCACGGCCAUAAGAACAGCGAACGAACUUGCCAGGAUCAUGUCCUGUAUGCUCAAUGGGAUUGAAAGCCACUGUGAGUACGAGUGCACAGAUGACUGCGAAGAGGGUGAGAUCCCAGUUGCAGUGUUGAAGAUCAAGGAUCGCGAGGCACACGAGGUUCCACAGUUGGAUGAUCAGAACAUUCAUGCUUCAGAUGAAGAAAAGGUUGAGGUGAAGACGGACUUCUCGGCCUUGGCCUUCGGCGGAAUCCUGGGC